AUGGUGGGGAUUGUGAGAAGAGUUUUGUUACACAGAGUGAUCUCAAAAUACACCAGCGCAUUCACACUGGAGAGAAACCGUAUCACUGCCCAGACUGUGGGAAGAGUUUUAAAUUUCUGAGUAAUCUCAAAUGCCACCAGCGCCUUCACACAGGAGAGAAACCGUAUCACUGCUCAGAAUGUGGGAAGAGUUUUACUAGUCAGAGUCAUCUCCAAUACCACCAGCGCUUUCACACUGGAGAGAAGCCAUUUCAGUGCUCAGACUGCGGCAAGUGUUUUACUACACAGACUAGUCUCCAGCGACACCAGCGCAUUCACACUGGUGAGAAACCAUAUCAAUGCACAGAAUGUGGAAAGAGUUUUACUUAUAAGACUAGUCUCCAAGAACACCAGCGCUUUCACACUGGAGAGAAACCAUAUCAGUGCACAGAAUGUGGAAAGAGUUUUACUUCUCAGAGUGGUAUCAAAGUACACCUGCGCACUCACACUGGAGAGAAACCAUAUCACUGCUCGAUCUGUGGGAAGAGUUUUACUUAUAAAACUAGUUUUCAGGAACACCAGCGCACUCACACUGGAGAGAAACCAUAUCAGUGCACAGAGUGUGGUAAGAGUUUUACUUCUCCGAGUAGUUUCAAAGAACACCAGCGCAUUCACACUGGAGAGAAACCAUUUCACUGCUCAGUCUGUGGGAAGAGUUUUACUUAUCAGACUAGUUUAA